UAAAAAAUGGAUCUUACAGCCAAACAUGGGCUUGUGCUGCUUGAUCAGCUGAGGAAGAUGAGGGAGACUGAGCAUCUGACAGAUGUCGUGCUGGUUGCUGAGGGCAUCAGCUUCCCCUGUCAUCGAGUCGUUCUGGCGGCCUUUAGCCCAUACUUCCGAGUUAUGUUCACAUGUGGCCUGCGUGAGUGCAACAACAGAGAAAUCAUCCUUCGUGACACCCCCGCAGAGAGCCUGUCAAUCCUCUUGAGCUACAUGUACUGCUCGGAUCUUCCACUCACUAACACCAAUGUACAAGGCAUCUCCAUCGCAGCUUUUCUUUUUCAGAUGGAUGAGGUCUUCACUCGCUGUCAGCUGCACAUGACUGAGAACAUGGAUGCCUCCAACUGUCUUGGCGUGUACUACUUUGCUCGUGACCUGGGCGCAGAAGAUUUGACUGAUCACGCUCAGCACUUCCUAAGGCAGAACUUUGUCAAAGUCUGUCAAAACGAGGAAAUCCUGGAUCUGGAGGCCCAUCAGCUAGGAAAGCUCAUAAGUUCUGAUGACCUUAAUGUUUCACGAGAAGAGACCAUUCUAGAUGUGGUCCUUCGCUGGGUCAAACACAGCACUUUGAUGGGUGAAGAGAACCGCAUCUUGCAUCUUCCAGAGCUCCUGAGGAGGGUCCGUCUACCUCUGAUAAACCCUGACUAUUUAAGUCAGGCCAUGAAGAGAAACACGGCCCUGCUGUCUGAUGCUGAAUGUCAGGAGAUUAUCAAUGAAGCAUUGGGGGCUGUGGGAAUGCAUCCUUCAGCUGCACCACGCAAACUGAAGCUGAGGUACGGUAUGGAGACCACAGAUCUACUGCUCUGUGUCGGCAAUGACACAGAUGGGAUAAGGUCCAGAUAUGGCAACUAUUCAGAGCGCAGCUUUUGCUAUGCCCCAUCCACAGGCCGAACCUACUACAUCACUUCACCUCGCUAUGGAGAGGCUUUAGGCUAUGUAUGUGCCGGGAUUGUAACCGAAAAAAAUGACAUUGUAGUAGCAGGAGAAGCAAGUGCACGCAAAAUAGCCCGACAAAAGGACAUGAAUGUUGAGAUUUACAGGUACAGAGUAGAGGCCCAGGGAACCUGGGAGCACCUGACAUCAGCUGAGUACCGUGAUUCUUAUGCUCUGGGAUCUGUAGGCGACACAUUGUACCUCCUGGGUGGGCAGAUGAAGCUGAAGAACCAGCUUCUCAUCACUAACUGUGUAGGCCGAUGGUCACUGCAGGGUGGACCCUGGCGCAGUGCAGCUCCCUUGCCUCUGCCUUUGGCCUAUCACAGCGUGGUCAGAAUGAAAGACCACCUUUACGUGAUGGGGGGUCGAACACCACAGUCAUACCGGAUGGAUGAUGAGCCAGAUCGUCUCAGUAACCGCCUACUGGAGUAUGAUCCAAACAGUAAUAAGUGGACAGAGCUGAGACCCAUGAAGUACUCAAAGUACCGCUGCAGUGCUGUUGCACUAAAUGGGGAAAUUUUUGUGAUGGGGGGUAUUGGAUGCGAAGGACUGGACUGUGGGCAAUCUCGCCGCUGUCUUGAUGCUGUUGAGAUCUACAACCCAGAUGGAGAUUGCUGGAGGGAUGGACCCCCUCUCCCAUGUUCACAGCUCUCACUGCGCUCCACCGCCUCUAAUGCUGGAGUGGUGGGAGGCAAGAUUUAUGUGUGUGGAUACUAUAAAGGAGCAGAUCGCCAUGAUAAUAUAACAAAGGAUAUUUUGGAACUGGAUCCAAGGGAUAACCGGUGGACAGUGGUGGCUCGGCGGGCUCUGAUGCACGACAACUACGAUGUUUGCUUAGUGGCAAAUCUCAACCCAAGGGGACUCAUGUCCCCACCUGCAGACUUGGUUACACAGUGACCCCCCUGUGAGAUCAGAUCAAAGUCUGUUUGGAUGAACUAGUGACAGAAAUUACUUAUUAAUGCACUUAUUGCUGGGCCAAAGGCAUUCAUAUUUUAGGUAGAAAAGGCUUCAGAGCCUUGCCCAAUGGUUUGCACAUUGCUGGAUUGAGCACAGAUAGUUUGUAAAUACAGAAUUGUUUGUUAUAUUGAGUAUCAUCUGCAGAAGGUGGUCCUCUGAAACCUGCAUCUGUUCGACACUUUGCAUUUUAAGAAAAAAUGAUUUCCUCUCCUCUCACGUUCAAGAAGAUGACAUCAAUUAUUGUGAAAACCAGGGCUGCAAAUAGUCAUGCUUUUCAUGAUCAAUCAAUAUGCUAGGUAUUUUCCUCAUUAUUGGUUGUCAAUGAAAUGUUAGAUUAAAGUUCAAAAAUUGCAUUCACAAUUUUUCAGUGGUCAAGGUAAGAUUUUUUGUUCGUUGUGUCUGCUGAACAGUACAAACCCUACACAAAAUGAAGUGAAUGUUAUUGAAUGACAAAUUUACACAAAAAUGUGUUAUUUUUGCUUGGAAAAUGGACUCAACUGAUUAACCAAUUAUUCAAAUGACUGCAGAUUUAAUUCUGAUUUAACAUCUGAAACAUACCAAUUGCAUCAUAUUUAAUUUAAGUCUACUAACCGGUUAAUCAGUUAAUUAUAUAGACAUUGGUAGACUUAGACUUCUUGGUACAGAUUAAAAGGCUAUUUGUCUCAUUUCUUUUUUGUGGCACGCUUGCUCAGGGAAAAUAGAACAUUUGAUAAAGGGAUAAUAAACAUGCAGCUUAGCAGUACUAUGAAGCAUGGUUGUUGUGAUUGGAACUGUCUUGGAAAUGUACACAGUCCAAUUAAACAGUUUGACUGUU